CAGGAUGGGACAACCCUCGAAAAGACACCGUCCUUCCCGGCCUAACUCACCUCUAAGGCCCCAAAAUAAAAAUAAAACAAAACAAAAAAAACCGCACACUUCCACAGCUCUCCGCCGAAAGCUCAGGCCUGUUACCCAACGCGAGACACCGCAAAGCAUCCCGAACCCGGACACCGCCCCGCCUCAAGGCUCGCCUCACUCGCAGCUUACUCAGCCGUCACAGCAGAGCUCAACGCCCGCGCUCGCUUUCAAACCGCCCCAACAUGGCGCCGGCCUGCGGUGCGCACGCGCGGCAGUGGGGCGCCGGGCGCUAGGGGAGGCGAGGAAGCGGCCAGAGCGGAGAAGAGGAUGCUGUGGAGCGUUAGGUCGCGACCCCUGCUGGGAGCUCAUCCGAUGUUCCAUCACCAGAUAUCGUGUUGAAGGGAUAAUUCCAGAAUCAGCAGCUAAACUAUCUGAUUUCCUCUACCAAACUGGAGAGAGAGUUACAUGGGAUAAAUCAUUGCAAGUGUACGAUAUGGUACACAGGAUUGAUUCGGACACAUUCAUAUGUCAUACCAUUACACAAAGUUUUGCCAUGGGCUCCAUUUCCCCUCGAGACUUUAUCGACUUAGUGUACAUCAAGCGCUACGAAGGAAAUAUGAACAUUAUCAGCUCUAAAAGCGUGGAUUUUCCAGAAUAUCCUCCAUCUUCAAAUUAUAUCCGUGGUUAUAACCAUCCUUGUGGCUUUGUAUGUUCACCAAUGAAAGAAAACCCAGCAUAUUCCAAACUAGUGAUGUUUGUCCAGACAGAAAUGAGAGGAAAAUUGUCCCCAUCAAUAAUUGAAAAAACCAUGCCUUCCAACUUAGUAAACUUCAUCCUCAAUGCAAAAGAUGGAAUAAAGGCACACAAAACUCCAUCAGGACGUGGAUUUCGUCAUAAUAGUCAUUCAUGAUACCAAAAGAAGAAAUGAGGCCAUUCUGCUAUAAAAUCAUGUGUAGUAGUUAUUGCAGUUUACUUCUAAGUCAACAUGCAUAAAUAAUACUGUUAAACUAUUCUAAACAAUAUUCUUGUACACAUUGCUGAAGAUAGUUCAUAAAAAUAAGAACUCAUAGUUGUACAAGAAUAUGGCAUUAAAUACAGUUUUUAAUCUCACAUAAGAAUGAUGUUAAAUAACAAGUGGUAUUAGCAUAUUUUCAUCUUUUGCUUUUGUCCCUGUAAAAUCCUCUGUAUAAGAACCAAUAAGAAAGCAGAUACAGUCAGAGGUCAGCAUUAACUAAAGGUUAAAAUAUACUUUAAAUUGUUUUUCUUUCACUUACUGCUUAAAUUGAGAAUUGUAGGAAAAAUGAACAUAAAAAUUGAAAAGAAUUCCACUAAAAUGUAUGACUAAUGACAUUUAGAAUUUUAAAUGGAAUGAGUCAUCAAACAAUUUCUGGUGUGGCCAAGAUGCAAUAGCCCAUUCCUCCCAAGUCUUUCCUCUUAAAACUUAAAGACCCUGCACAUAACACAACAAGCAAGCAUAGGAAAACUCAAGCAUAGGUGGAAAGAAUGCAGCAAGCUCAUCUAUGGACGUUGGGACUUAAGGAAUGACAUUCAGUGAGUUCUCUGGGUUUCCUUAUUGCCUCCCACAUAUCCCAGGUGGGAAAGACACACACACACACACACACAACUGCAUGCAUGAAAAGCCUUCUCCUCCUAGUCAUAGGACCAGGUGCCUAACAGAACAAAAACCCUUUUUUGUAAUGCCCACCCUACACCAGCCAAGCAUCAACCUACAAGCCACCCCCAUGGUUUCAGUGUGGCAGAGCAAGGAGAUACUUUUCCAUCCUACCCACCCCCAUCCCACAGAAGCAGAUGGGAGUGCCCUGACACACCCCUAUCCUAUGGUGUCUGCAAAGCUGAGCAGGGAGCUAAUCUCCCAUCUUCUACCAGGCAGAUGUAGGCAGCACUGAUUGCCCUUCCAGGUGAUGUAGACUGACCAAGCAGGGAGCUGAUUUUCUGUCUUCCACUCAGCAGAAGCAGGAGGUAAUAUAGGUAGUAUGAGUGAAGUCCAGUGACAAAGACAGCUUCCACCCCCAGCUGGCAGCAACGAGACUUAACCAAUGUCUUAGUCCAUGUUCUGUGGCUAUAACAGAAUACCACAGGUUGAAUAAUUAUAAAGAAAAGAAGUGUAUUUAGUUCACAAUUCUGGAAACUGAGAAGUCCAAGAGCCUGGUACCGACAUCUGGUGAGGGCCGUCUUGCUACAUCAUAACAUGGUGGAGGGCAUCACAUGGCAUGAGGGUAAGAGCAAGAGAGACCUCACUUUUAUAACAAAACCACUCCUGUGAUAGUAACAUUAAUCCAUUCAUAAAAGCAGAGGGACAUUCAACCCAUAGUAACUAGGUAGUGCAAAGAAAGACUAGUGACCAGGGAGCUUCACUACCCUCUCCCACCCCUACUCCCACCCCUGGAGUCACCAAGGCCCACCAGGAUGCUAAGCCUCCAUCCCCACCCUCCAUCAGGGUGUAGUGGGAACAGUGACCCACCAAAAAAAAUGUCCAUGUCACAUCCCUGGAACUUGUGAAUGUGACCUAAUUUGGAAAAAGGGUCUUUGCAAAGAUAAUUAAAGAUCUCAAGAUGAGAUCACCCUGAAUUAUCCUGGUGGCCCUAAAUCCAAAAACAAAUGUCCUUAUAAGAGAUACAUAGAGGAUAGAGACAUGGAGAAGAGGAGAAAGCCAUGUGAAGACAGAGGUAGAGACUGGAGUUUUACAGCCACAGCCCAGGAACACUUGGAGCCACGAGAAACUGGAAGAAGUGAAAAAGGAUUCUCCCCUAGAGCUUUCAGAAGGAGUGUGGCCCUGCUUUCAGACUUCUGGCCUCCAGAGUUAUGAGACAAAAAAUUUGUUUUUUUAAGUCACUAAAUUUGUGGAAAUUUGUUAUAGUUUCCAUUGGAAACUAAUAUACCCUCUCUGGUGUUAGCAGGGUUCAGCAGGGAUCUGAGCCUCCAUUCCCACCUGGGUAUCAACAAGGUGAAACAAAGAGGUAGGACACGGGCCUAGGCAGCACUCCAUUUCCUUGUCACCUCCCCUGUGUCAUCAGGUUCCAUUGGGGAGGUAAGCUUCCAGUCCCACUGGGAAGCAAAAAGGAUGUGCAAAUCAGUGCCCCCCUUUGCCAGGAGGAUGUCAGCAGGGCCAGAAGGGGAGCUGAACUGCCACCUCACCCAUCUGCAGUGAGAGGAAGUCUGUGCUCUACUUUUGCCAGAGUGGUGAUGGCAGGGCCCAAUGGAAGGCUAAACCAACACAUCCACCCAGUCCUCAUACUACACCUGAACAGCAGGACUGCCUGCUAAAAAUGAAGAUUAAAUAGGAUCCAGAGGUCUUCAGAAAGAAAAGAGCAUUGGAAUGGGUAAAAAUAAACUGUUCUCGUGAGUAUAUUAAAUCACCUUUGAUGGGUGACAAAGGUUUAAAAACAAUUCAGUGGAACAGCCUUUCAGCAAAUGGUGUUGGAGCAGCUGGACAUUCAUAGGCCUUGAUCUAACCUUACGCUAAGUACAAAAAUUUACUUAAAAUGGAAUAUGGAGUUAUAUGCACAAUAUAAAACUAUAAAAUAUUUAGAAGAAAAACACAGGAUAAAAUUUUCAGAACCUACAACUAGGCAGAGAUAUUACACUUGACACCAAAUCAAGAUUCUUAACAGAAAAAAAUGACAAAUUGACCUUAAUCAAAGUUAAAAAAGAAAAAAAGGUAUACUACGUGAAAGACCUGAGAGGAUGAUGGAAAGAUAAGUGAUAGACUGGAAAAAAAAAUAUUUGCAAGACAUUUCCAACAAAGUACUUGUAACUAAAAUAUAUAAAGAGCUUUCAAAACUCAACUGUAUAAGAAACAAUCUAAUUAGGGACAAAGACAUGGACAUUUCACUAAGAUAUCCAUAUCAAAAGAUGUUCAGCAUCAUUGGCCAUUAGGUAAAGGCACAUAUCAGUACAAGCUUACCAGAAUAGCUAAGUUUUUUUUUAAUAGUGAUAACAUCAGGUGGUGGCAAGGAUUUGGAGAAAAUGGAUCACUCAUACAUUGCACCUGGAAAUGUGAAACGGUAACUGCCUCUCUGGAAAAGUGCGGCAGUGGCUUGCAAAUCAAACAAACACUUACUGUACAACCCAGCAAUUGUACUCUUCAUCCCAUAGAAAUGAAAGCAUUUACACAAAAACAUGUACACAAAUGUUGAUAGUAGCUUUAUUCCAAAUAGCCAAAAACUUGAAACAACCCACAUGGGUGAAGAGUUAAACUGUGGUAAUCCAUACACAGAAUACUACUAAGUAAUAAAAAGAACAAACUAUCGAUGCACACAACAACUGGAAUCAUCUCAGGGGAAUAAUACUGAAUGAAAAAGCCAAUCUCAUAAGGUUAAAUAGUGCAUUCUUCCAUUUAUUUAACAUUUUUGAAAUGACAAAAUGAUAGAGAUGAACAGAAUUAGUGGUUUCUGGGGUUAGGGAGGUAGUGGGAGGAGAAGAAAGAAAGUGGCUGUCGCUUUGAAAGGGUAGCAGGAGGGAUCCUUGUGAUAAACCUGCCCUGUGCAUUGACUGUGGUGUGGUCACAUGAAUCUAUACAUGCAAUAAAACUGCAUAGAAUUAACACGCAUAAAUGAGUGCAUGUAAAACUGGUGGUAUCUAAAUAAAGGCGGUCAAAAUUCAAGUGUGGGAACAUACAGAAAUACCAUUCUCAUUAAGAGUAAUUAGGUCUUUUCAUGGCACUCACUUCAAACUCCUUUAGUAAUCACCCUCUAGCUUCAGAAGUUUGUCUUCCAGCCUUCUUUGCAUGAGAGAGGAUGCACAGAAAUCUGGGGAUUGGGGACCUGUGGGAAGAAGAAGGGCACAGUGGGGGAGAAGCUGGAAGGCACAUAAAAAACCACUACAAUUUAAAAGAGCAGCAUAACUAAAGGGAGACUGUCUUCUGUUCCCAACUCUCUUCCUAAAUCUACUGGGAUUCUGAGUGUUAUUUUCCCUUUUCUACUGAAUGUUCGGCAGACAUAAUUAAAGUUGUAGUUAUACUAUGAUUUAGAAUAUGCCUAAUUUUGUGAGUAUGCAACUUUUACUAUUUUCCAAUUUAGACUUUACUCUUAGAAGAAUGUGAGCCUUUUAGCCACCCCUAAACAUACAA